AUGGCGAUACCUCCGAAGAUUUACACAUUCCUGUGUGCUUGUUUUGCAGCCAUGGGCGCGAUGCUCUAUGGAUAUGACUUGGGUGUCAUCUCAUAUGUGAUCGUCGCACCGAACUUCCUCACCACCAUCGACACCACCGACGAUGAUUACAUUGGUUUUAUUGUCUCCUCCAUGCUGCUUGGUGCCUUUGUUGGAAGUAUCCCUGCUUCACUCAUUGCCGACCGUUUCAGUCGUAGGAUGGCCAUUACCGUCGCUGGGGGCGUAUUCAUUCUCGGAGGUAUCUUACAAACCGCGACGCAGGACAAAGAGACUAUGUUCGCCGGAAGGUUCUUUGCGGGUAUUGGUAUCGGUAUGCUGGGUGUGUUGGCUCCGCUAUAUCAAUCCGAGAUCGCACAUCCAUCCAAGCGAGGUAUGCUCACCGCGACUUUCCAAUUCUUCUUGGGUAUCGGCGCUAUCGUGGCCGGUUGGAUAGCCUAUGGUGUUCAACAGACUCAUCCUAACGACCCUAUUGCUUGGCGAUUACCUCUUGCAUUUCAAAUGCUACCUGCGGUACCGCUGCUGCUAUUGUCCUUCUUGCUCCCUGAAUCACCAAGAUGGCUGAUGAUCAAAGGUCGAGAAGAGGAUGCGUUGCGCACUUUAGCCAGACUCCACGCCCGAGGUAAUCAAAAUGAUGCUUUUGUCCUUGGAGAAUGGCAUUCUAUGAAGCAAAAGGUCGGGGAGGAAGCUCAAACCGAUCAGUCAUGGGGUCUGAUCUUCAAGGAUCGUACCAAUUUACGAAAAGUCCUGUAUGGUAUCAUCCUCCAGUUCUCGGUACAGAUGACUGGUGUGUCUGCUAUCCAGUAUUACGCUGCUACCGUUUACAAGUCCGUCGGGUUCUCACAAAGCACCUCUUUGUUGAUUAACUCCCUCAACAACAUCAACGCCUUGUUCGGAGAGCUCGCUUGUAUCUUGCUAGUUGACAGAGUGGGACGACGAUUCCCAUUGAUCGCGGGCAACAUGCUAGCUGGUACUUGUUUUGCCAUUGCCACUGCGCUUGCAAAACAGUUCGCUGAAGGGGGUGGUAAUCGAGGUCAAGGUAUCGGCUUCGUAUCCGUGCUGUUUAUCUAUAACUUCGCUUUCUCGGCUUGUAUCGGACCGCUUUCUUGGGUUUAUCCCGUCGAAAUUUUUAACACCGCUGUUCGAGGUAAAGCCACUGCGCUCACUUGCAUGGCUGCUUGGAUCUCGAACUUUAUGAUCGGACAGGUUUCACCCAAAGCGUGGUCCAACAUCGGAUGGAAAUACUAUCUCGUCUUCACUGUUUGUGGAUUCACCAAUGCCCUUACUUUCUAUAUCCUCUUUCCCGAAACGAAAGGGAGAACUCUUGAAGAGAUGGACACUUACUUCCGAGAAACCCAUUGGUUCGUUCCCGGCGCCAAGGUCCCUUCCAUCUCUUCGACGGAGCGGGAAGUUCAAUUAACGCAAGAGGGUGUCUCUCAAGAACACGGUCUUCCACCCGAAGAUACCGAGAAAGGCUUAAAGGGUGGGGAAUAUCACCAUCGAGAGGCUAUUUAA